ACUAGGGCUGACAAAGCUGUCUUUAUGUCAACUUCAAAGGAAACAGUUCCUCCAGUUACUGCUAAAACCUUUCUGCAAAGGCAUCUCCCCUCGUUCUGAGUGGCCAACACUCUGCUGUUCGGCAGGCUACGUUCCUUAUGCUCUGAGGACAAUUGUGGGAGCUCUACAGUGUGCAUCCUCAGGGGCUGUAUUUUCAGUGUCUGCCCUCCAGCGAGCUUUCUUUAUGGACCAGAGCAGUUGCUUGACAUACCAGUUUCUUUAAAAUCAUAUAAUUGUCAAGAUAGCUGGUGAGACGCUGGAAGCUUUCCAACUGAGAUUAUGUGAUUCUUCAAACUUAUCAGAAUUUGAAUUCAGACUGCAGUUCUCAGAGGAGCUACUGAGCUACACAGAGACCUGGCUAGACGCAAUCUAAAAUAGCCAAGGGUGAGGUGUUCAUGAUUCCAGCAGAUCCUUUGUGUCUAACAGCUCAUCCAAUGAACCAGUUACAAUCCCUUAGAGGGCUGUGAAUUCAAUUUAGUGGGUGGCAACCAACGUUUGAGACAACGUCAGGUAGAAUAAAGUGGGACACAAGAUAAAAAUCAUGGAUAUGUCAGCGUGCCUUGCUUCCAGGUGAAGGUCCUCACAUGUGAAAAUGAAGUCCCAGGCAAUCACGGUUUGCUGUGUAAUGCUAUUUCUGGCCACAGAAUCUUCUCAUCCUAGAGCCAAGAUCCACAUAAAAGAUGGAGAUAAACUUCAAGGUCCUGAAGGAAAACCCAAGACUGGGAAGGUGCAAGAGAAAUGCCAAGGACUUUGCUCCACCUCUUCCAACUGCAGCCAGCCCUGUGCCCAGCACUUUCGUGGAGAAAUAGGAUUUACCUGUAGCGGAAACAAGUGGCAAAAAUCAACUGAAACUUGUACAAGCCUUUCUGUGGAAGCACUCUUUAAGGGCUCAAAUAGUGCAUCACGCCUCUCCGUCGCAGCACCAUUUAUCCCCCUGCACAUUCUUGACUUUCGAGCUCCAGAGCCCAUCAAAAGCGUAGCUCAUGGCAUCCGAAAGAACUGCCCACUUGAUUACGCCUGCAUAAUUGAUGCUGUGAAGUCAUCAGAAGCCACGUCUGGAAAUAUUGCAUUCAUAGUGGAGAUACUGAAAAAUAUUUCUACAGACUUAUCUGAUAACGUUACCCAAGAGAAAAUGAAGAGCUACAGCAAAGUGGCCAACCACAUCCUCGACCCGGCAGCCAUUCCAAACUGGGCCUUCAUACCAGACAAAAAUGCCAGCUCGGAUUUGCUGCAGGCAGUGAAUGCGUUUGCCAGGCGACUCCACAUCUACCACGAACCCGAGCACAUCGUGGAUGAACUGUUCAUUCAGACGAAAGGAUUUCCCAUCAACCACAAUACCCAAGGGAGAAGUUUCAAUUUCUCCUCGAACAUGAGCAACACAACAGAGGGUAUCCUAGGAAUCAUAGAAAUUCCCAGUCAAGAGCUGUGGAAGCUGCCGCCAAAUGCAUCCCAAGCCAUCAGCAUCGCUUUUCCCACCUUGGGGGCCGUCCUGAAGGAAUCCCACUUGCAAGAUGAGGAUCUUCCCAGGCCAGUAAAUGGGCUGGUCCUUUCGGUGAUCUUACCGGAAGAACUGAAGCAAAUUUUACUCACCUUUGAGAAGAUCAAUAGGCCCCGGAACGCCAGGGCGCAGUGUGUCGGCUGGCACUCCAGCAAAAGGAGGUGGGAUGAGAGCGUGUGUGAAACAGCGCUGGAUGUCGCGGACAGAGCAAAAUGCCGGUGUAACUACACCAAUGCCGUGACGUCUUUUUCCAUUCUCAUGUCCCCCAGAUCCAUAGACAACAAGGUCCUGGACUACAUCACCUGCAUUGGGCUCAGCAGCUCCAUUCUGAGCUUGAUCCUUUGCCUGAUCAUUGAAGCCACGGUGUGGUCCCGGGUGGUGGUGACGGAGAUAUCAUACAUGCGACACGUGUGUAUCGUGAACAUAGCUGUGUCACUCCUGACCGCCAACGUGUGGUUCAUCCUAGGCACCAACUUUAACAGAAAGGCCCAGGACUACAACUGGUGUGUAGCGGUGACCUUUUUCAGCCACUUUUUCUACCUCUCCCUGUUCUUCUGGAUGCUCUUUAAAGCCCUGCUCAUCAUCUAUGGAAUACUGGUGGUCUUCCGGAGGAUGAUGAAGUCCCGCAUGAUGGCCAUUGGCUUUGCCAUUGGCUAUGGGUGCCCGUUGGUCAUCGCCGUCACCACAGUUGCUGUCACAGUGCCAGGGAGAGGCUACACGAGACACGGUGCCUGUUGGCUUAACUGGGACGACACCAAAGCCCUUUUAGCAUUUGCCAUCCCAGCCUUGGUCAUCGUGGCUGUGAAUCUUGUUGUGGUUUUGGUUGUUGCGGUCAACACUCAGAGGCCCUCUAUUGGCAGUUCCAAGUCUCAGGAUUUGGCCAUAAUUAUGAGGAUCAGCAAAAAUGUUGCCAUCCUCACCCCACUGCUGGGACUGACCUGGGGUUUUGGAAUAGCCACCCUCCUGGAAGGCACUUCCUUGACAUUCCAUAUAAUCUUUGCCCUGCUCAAUGCUUUCCAGGGGUUCUUCAUCCUGCUGUUCGGAACUAUUAUGGAUCACAAGAUAAGAGAUGCUUUGAGAAUGAGGAUGUCUUCACUGAAGGGGCCGUCAAGGGUAGCAGAGAAUGCAUCGUUAAGCCCAACCAAUGGAUCUAAACUAAUGCAUCGGUGAGAGUAAGAGGCUGCCCAUCCCUCACGGACGCCCUGUGUCCUGGACUGAGAGCUGUUCUCCUGGAGAAGGAGGCCGGAAGGCAGGCCGGAAUGUGGAGGGACAGUCACGCUUCUUCUCUUCUUGCCAGGAGCAACUCCAAAGCCCUCAGUGUGGAAAAGUUUGCUGAGGAAAGACUGAGGAGAACAUCUGGCGACUGGGCUUUCAAGAGGUGGAUCUGCUGUCUGUUUGAUCUACCCAUGAUCUGCAAGAGCCUUGGUCAACGUUGGCAACAUUAAGGCCCAACCCGCAAGUCACCUGACGUCCUCCACAAGCCAGCGAAUGUUGGAUCCUUGUGGGCGUUGGUUCAUUUUACCCCCAAGGCCGGCUCUGUGAUUCCAUGGACUCAGCCACUCAUCUCUCUGCGUGGAUCUUGGGCGCUUUUGGGGACCGGGGCUGGAUCCAGGUUCAGGGAUAGGUUGGGGGUAGGAACAGGAGGAAGGGUGGCAGGGGACAUGCUGAAGCUACUUUGGAGAUGGUUAAGUCAUGGUAGGUUUCCUAAGGGUAGGGAACAGAAGGAAAACACUAGGACUUUUCCAUGUGUUUGCUUUUUCACUCUAUUUUAGACCUGGCAUAAAAUAAUUUAGCUCCUGGGACCUUACAUUCCUCACUUGUGAAACAGAAAAAAUAUCUUGUAGGUAUUAUUGUUUGUGUAUGCAUGUGUGUGUGCGUGUGUGUGUGUGUGUAGGAGACUGUUUAAACCAUUCUGUAUGUAAAAAAGAUGCUGAUUGUUAUUUUAGAAAUAAAAGUGAAAAUACUUCCUUUCCUGA